AUGAAAAAUUUCGUCGCAAAAGAUCCUUCGCCACGAAAUCCUCGUGUUAGUACACACAACAGUCACCCCGACAGGAUUGAGGCAGCCUAUCAAGCCGACAGGCACACAACAUGGGGUUACGUGAUCUACCGUACAACGUACGAGAAUAAUGCGGACUGGACUGAGUUCAUGCGCCGUCUGCGUGUGUGGGCAGAGGAUAGCAUGGGAUUGUAUAACGGCCAGGAUGUGCUGGAUAAGAUGAGCUGGACUAUCUUUGAGGACAAGGAGCACUUCGAUGGCGCCGACACAAAUACAAUCCGGGACCACUUUCUAAGUUGGAUACAGAGCGCAGUGCAGCUUGAGCAGCCACAACAACCCGGUGGUACUCCAGCUGACGUGGGUCGCUCACCACGGUACAGAUACUGUGUCCAAGUCGAUGCCGAGGCUCUCAAAUCUUGCGUCCAUGACGCUCCUCCCCCACCAGACUUCGACCGGGACAAUCAAGGUUGGGUGAAGCUCAUUGACAAGACGUGGAUUUGUGAGUGGGAUCCUGAAGAUGAAGAUGAAGAAGAAGAAUACGAUUCAAUUGAGGGCGUCACUGAGCGCCAUGUGGGAUGGGUCAGAUGUCCUUUUCCAAGCGUCAUGAUCGAGUACUACAUGAGAUUCCUUGAUCUCAAUGGAUAUAUGGUUGAAUAUCGGCGACCUCCAGCUAUCAUUGGAUUUCCGUGGAACACCUAA